ACCUUUGUAUAUACAACCACUAUGAUCUACUUAAAGUCCUUACUUAAUGUUAUUGAUAACUCUGGUGCAUUAGUUGUUGAAUGUAUCAAAGUCUUACGUCAUAAACCUAAAUCAUGUGCUCAAAUAGGUGACCAAAUCACCGUUGUUGUAAAAGAAGCCAAACCAAUAGCUGAUGGUACCACAUCCACCAACAAAGUCAAAAGAAAAGAUAUCUGUCGUGCUGUUGUUGUGAGAACAAGAUCUCCAUUCAGACGUCCUGAUGGAUCCAUGGUUAAGUUUGACGAUAAUGCUUGUGUAUUAAUAAAUAAGAAUGGUGAACCAUUAGGAACAAGAAUCUCAUCCGUUGUCGCCAAGGAAUUAAGAGACUUGCAAUAUAACAAGAUCGUUUCAUUAGCUCCAAAGACCUUUUAAGUAUUAUGUUUCAUGUAUAUAGCAAUAGAGUUAACUAUCUCG